CCAUCCGCACGCACUCGUGCCCUUGAGAGGAAACCGGUGGGCGAUGAAUUGCCGUGUUUUAGAAAGGCCGGAUUCCAAUCCCUGACACCGUCUCUCGUCCUUAUCCAAAUCCCUUAUUCCAGCAGUCCAAAUCAUCGCAUAAGAAGAGAUAAGAGAAGAAAUAAACGUCCGCAUAAUCCUCCCUUCUCCGGCUUAUCUCCUUCCCUCCUCCGCUGUCUCCUUGAAAUAAGUAUUAUUCCACCAACCUAGGUUCUUCCGCCUCUCCCCCUUCUCCAUCCCUUGUAUGCUAUAGCGCUCCUCCUCCUCCUCCCUCCUCUUAUUCCUUUCCAAUCUCCUACCUUAUUCCCAGGAUAACUCUACGGCCCGCUCAUCAAAGCCUUGGAAUUAUGAGCAAGGGAAGCAGUGUAACGAGCCGUUUCGGCCGGUGCCUGCGAGCGCCGCUACGGGUUCUCCGCCGGGCGCGGGACAUGUACGUGCGGAGCCUCACGGAGUGCGCCGGGGGCGUCCAGUACGGCGCGGCGGUCGGCUACCCGACCUUCGCCUCGGUGCCGAGGAGCUACAGCUUCGGGUCGGCGAGGACGAGCUCGAGCGACGAGGACCUGAGGGAGCUCAUCCGGGCCGCGUCGCAGAGCCGCGCCGGCUCGCUCAACGCCCGCGCCGGCGUCGUCGUGCCGAGGAGCCAGAGUGUCGCGGUCGGCCGGAUCGAGGAGGACAAGCCCUGCGACUUCGAUGACGACGUCCGGGUCGGAUCCGAUUUGCUGUUCCCCCGGAGCCGGAGCUGCGCCGUUGGUGCCAAGCGGCGUCCGCGGUGGUUCGCUUGAUGUGUUCGGAUCCGGAUUCGGAUCCGAGAACGUUUCCUUCAUGUUUUCUAAAUAUAAAACGUAUCACGAGGCAAUUAAUUUUCCCUGAUUUUUUCCUUUCAUGUUUGAUUUGAUUUUUUUUUCUUUUUAUUUCUAAUAGUAAUGAGGUACGAGAGAGAGAGAGAGAAGCAGGGUGGUGGGGAUUGAAGGAAAUUUGGAGCUCUGUGGGGCUAACGUUUGGGAUUGCAACAUCCGCCAUUAAUGUUUGGGGUGCAAAUGACUUGUUCUUGUUGAAUAGAGGCGUUAGGCUUGAAUUUGAGACUGACAUACCAAGUGCAGUGAGAAAUUAGAUGGUGUAUUUCUAUUAGCUGCAUCGAUCUUUUGCUAUCAUCCAUUACUGUGGCAACUAGGAAUAAUGAGAAAUAGGGCUUGAAACA